GCUUUUAGUACUAGACUAGACGUCUUCGGUGACGGCCGCGUGAUUUGAACAUCCACAGCUGGGCUCAGUAGGCUAUGUACGGCAGCCAGUGGUAGGUUGACAGUACGCCCUUGGAUCGCGUUCGUGUGUGAGAUUUGCGGGAACUUUUCAAUAAUUUCCGUCGAAGAUAGGUCGGGACAAAGUUCAGCUGUUGUUGCCAACUAUCGAUGGGAACGGUGACGACGACGACGGCGAUGGCGAUGGCGACCGCGCUGGAUUUGGCUCGCUGAGUGCGGGAUUUCUGUUGUUGUUAUUCCGGAAUCACGGAUGCUGCAGACUUUCCGCUUAGGCGGACCGGGUCAAAAUUAAACUUUGAUCGGAUAAACCGGAGUGGUUAUCGUACGUAUCAAUGAAGUGAUGUUUUGCAGUGAGUUGCUGGCAGCUGGCAGCCAGAAGGGUUCCGGUGUGCGUUCGUUGGAUUCUGCACCAACAUAUUCGUGUGUGAUUGUGUGUGCGUUUUUGGACGUGUGUGAAAAAGGCAGUGAUUAAAAUUUAAAAUCCAAUUCGACAAAGCCAGAAGAAGAGUUUGAUUUAUUGCCAGCGUUCGUCGCCGUGACAGUUCGAGUGAAACGUUUUCGGUUCAGUUCGUUCGUUCGUUCGUUCACUUGCCCGAGGACGCAAAGAAGAACCAUAAAAUAUCAACCAGAUUGUCGUCCUUGGUGGGUUGGGCUUGUCAGCAAAACAAGACGAAGUUUUGGCUCCCUGCAUAUACCGGAUGCUGCCGCUGCUGCUGCUGGGGGCUGGAAAGGGGUGCCGUGGUGCCGCACGAAAUGUGAAAAAGAGUGAAUGCUAUUUGCUUGGGAAUAGGCAGCACUGAAGUAAGUGUGUGUAGAGAGAGAGCGAGUGGGUUCUGUGCAAGUCAAUUCAAUAUCGAAGAGCUGCCAGGCAGCGAAUGAAGAGCUGACGAAGAAACCGCAAAAUGUCCCGACAAGUCAGUGAAUGGUGUGAAUAGGAAUCCACAGCCGAAAGCUAUUGAUAUUCAAAUCAAUAUGUCAUCUCGGAGGCGAUUUAUUACGAAAAUGGUGCAAUUUAUUGCGUCGCUAGGAAAGUAGGAAUUCGAACGCUGUGAACGUGCAGCCGAGGGCAGGCUUCCGCUUCGUUUGGGAUAUUUAAAUUCGCCCAUCCAAUUGAGUGGGUGGCAAUAGUAACGAUGGAAAUCCAUCAGUCAGCUGAUAUGGGAAAGCCUUGGCGACUUUGUGGAAAUGAAGAAUACGCACAAGCUUAGUUAUUGAACUGGUUCGGAGACUCUUUCUUCUCGUGUGUGAGUUGGUGUUGUAUUUGGCGUUACAUACAAAUUUCAAAUCCUUCUAAAAUUUUAUAUAACAAUAGUGAAUAAGUGAUUGUGAACUUUGUGCGUUACUCUUGAAUGAUGAAAGAGGGCCAUUUUUUCCUUGACAGAAACAAAAAACGAGAAUAAUUAAAGUGAAUAAUUUUCCCCCUAACCAACUUACAGCGGUUGACGUCUAAAAACGUGUUAAAAAGGCUCUAUCCUAUCCAUUACACUGUACCGUAAGAAUCAACAUUCACGAAUGUCAAAACACACCGCUAGUAAGUGAAAAAACCAGAAAAGGGCACCUGAGAACACAGUCUAAAGUCCGAAAUUAUUGUCAUAAAUUGCAAAGAAAAUUGGUCACCCACCAACCCAGCUGCGGUCUCCGAGCACAUUCUUCUCUGUCACAUGUCCUGACAACGAAAUAAAAUGUAAAAAAAAUCCUUCCCUCCAAACAACGACAUUCAUCAGCGACCGCCGAUUCGUGGAGCGAAAAGUUCACGACCAAGUAAAAAAAUAUCGUUGAAGAAGAAAAAACUCGUACACCACCACCGUUGCUGUGGAAUCGAGAAGAAUAUCGUCUUACCGUUCGCUUAGACUAGGCCUGUACAAUCUGCACGAUCUGCCAGCUGGUUGUGAUUCUUAUAGCUCUCGAUUUUUCCUCGGGCAGCAUUUCGACGGCGGAAAAAAUAAAAAUAAAUAUCCUAGGCAGUGAGUAACAAACAACAGAAGAAGAAGAAAAAAAAUACCUGCGAGAAAAAUAGCGACAAUUAUGGAAUUAAUCAUGACGGGUGGCCUCGAACCGUGGCAGCCGUUCCAAGCUGCAGGAACUGGUGCAGAUUGCCGAUGGAAACGGUGGUACUUUGUGGUUACGUUGCUACUCAUAGCGACAACGGCGACAUUGGCAAACGCACAAACACCAACGGAGAAAAUACCCCUGGGCGCCAUCUUCGAGCAGGGCACGGACGAAAUCCAGUCGGCCUUCAAGUUCGCCAUGCUGAACCACAACCUAAACGUGACGGCGCGCCGGUUCGAGCUGCAGGCUUAUGUUGACGUAAUUAACACAGCGGAUGCGUUCAAAUUAUCACGCCUCAUAUGUAAUCAAUUUUCCCGCGGCGUGUUCGCCAUGCUCGGUGCCGUCUCGCCGGAUUCCUUCGACACGCUGCACUCGUACAGCAACACAUUCCAGAUGCCGUUCGUCACGCCCUGGUUCCCGGAGAAGGUCCUGACGCCGUCGUCCGGUUUUCUCGACUUCGCCAUCAGUAUGCGGCCCGAUUACUACCAGGCCAUCAUCGACACGGUGCGGUACUACGGCUGGGAUCGGAUCAUCUACAUGUACGAUUCGCACGACGGCUUGCUUCGGUUACAACAGAUCUACCAGGGCCUUCGGCCAGGCAACGAAACAUUCCACGUGGAAACCGUGAAGAGGAUAGCAAACGUCAGCGAUGCCAUCGAGUUUCUGCGGACAAUCGAAGAGCUGAACCGUUGGUCCCGCAAACACAUCGUGCUGGACUGCAGCACCGAGCUGGCCAAGGACAUCGUGGUGAGCCACGUGCGUGAUAUUACACUCGGGAAGCGAACCUACCAUUAUCUGCUCAGUGGACUGGUGAUGGACGACCGCUGGGAGAGCGAAGUGAUCGAGUAUGGUGCGAUAAAUAUCACCGGCUUCCGGAUUGUGGACACGAGCAAAAAGUACGUGAAGGAAUUUCUCGACGGUUGGAAGCGGCUGGAUCCGACGACGUCGCAGGGUGCCGGCAAGGAGUUGAUCUCCGCCCAAGCCGCCCUGAUGUACGAUGCGGUGUUCGUCCUGGUGGAGGCAUUCUCCAAAAUUGUCCGCAAGAAACCGGACCAGUUCCGGGCGUACACAAUGCGCAACCGGGGCCAGUCAUCUUUUAGCCUGCCCGCGAAUGGGACCCGCACGCUGGACUGCAACAUGUCCAAGGGCUGGGUAACACCGUGGGAGCAUGGCGACAAAAUUUCACGCUACCUGAGGAAGGUGGAAAUUUCCGGCCUCACGGGCGACAUAAGAUUUAAUGAAGAUGGCAAACGGCAAAACUACACCCUGCACGUGGUCGAGAUGACGGUGAACAGUGCCAUGGUCAAAGUGGCCGAGUGGUCGGAUGAGAACGGCCUGACACCGGUGGUGGCCAAGUACACCCGGCUGAAAACGGACAUGAACUACGAGAAGAACAAGACCUACAUCGUAACGACCAUCAUCGAGGAGCCGUACAUUAUGCUGCGCCAGCCGGAACCGGGCGAAACACUGGAGGGCAACGAUCGCUUCGAGGGCUACUGCAAGGAUCUGGCAGAUUUAGUGGCGAAAAAACUUGGCAUCAACUACGAACUUCGCAUCGUGAAGGAUGGGCAGUACGGCGCCGAGAAUCCGGACGUGAAGGGCGGCUGGGACGGCAUGGUCGGCGAGCUGGUUCGCAAGGAGGCGGACAUCGCAAUCGCAUCGAUGACAAUUACCUCCGAGCGAGAGCGUGUUAUCGACUUCAGUAAGCCAUUCAUGUCACUCGGCAUUUCCAUAAUGAUCAAACGGCCGGUCAAGCAAAAGCCAGGCGUAUUUAGCUUCCUCAAUCCGUUGUCGAAAGAGAUUUGGAUAUGCGUCCUAUUCAGCUACGUUGGCGUCAGCAUAGUCCUGUAUAUCGUGUCACGCUUUUCACCGUUCGAGUGGCGGCUAGUUAAUUAUAACGACAAAGGAAACGCGUUUGGCCUACUUGCAGGCGACCAACCGGAUGCUGUCCCACAGGCCACGGUGAACGAGUUCAGCAUUCUGAACUCGUUCUGGUUCGCCCUGGGCGCAUUCAUGCAGCAGGGCUGUGACAUUUCACCACGGUCCAUCUCUGGUCGGAUCGUCGGUUCGGUCUGGUGGUUCUUCACACUCAUCCUCAUUUCGUCCUACACUGCCAACCUGGCGGCGUUCCUCACCGUGGAACGUAUGGUCACGCCUAUCAAUUCGCCGGAGGAUUUGGCCUCGCAAACCGAAGUCCAGUAUGGAACGCUUAUCCACGGUUCCACGUGGGAUUUCUUCCGGAAAUCGCAAAUCUCGCUCUACAGCCGCAUGUGGGAGUACAUGAACUCGCGGAAGCACGUGUUUGUCAAAACGUACGACGAGGGCAUCCGGCGGGUGCGAACGUCCAAAGGCAAAUACGCACUGCUCAUCGAGUCGCCCAAGAAUGAUUACACCAACGAGCGGGAACCGUGCGACACGAUGAAGGUGGGCCGGAAUCUCGAUGCGAAAGGAUUCGGCGUUGCCACGCCCUUGGGAUCGCCGCUGAGAGACCCCAUCAACCUGGCAGUACUUUCACUGAAGGAGAACGGCGAACUUACCAAGCUUGUCAACAAAUGGUGGUACGAUCGGACAGAGUGCAAGCACAGCGAAAAACAGGAUGCCUCCAGGAACGAACUGUCACUGAGCAACGUCGCCGGUAUCUUCUACAUACUGAUCGGAGGGCUACUGGUGGCACUGGGCGUUGCUUUGGUAGAAUUUUGUACGAAAAGUGCCAACCGGUCAUCGAACCGCAUCCCUCUUUCCGACACGAUGAGUUCGAACUCGAACUCGAAAAACAGACUGACAAUGCCACCGACUGCACGGGACUACGACAACGGUCGAAUUGGCUACUACACCCCGUCAACGCACUCCGAACCCGACCCGAUCCACGCCAACUCGCACACGCAGGUUUGAUGUAAGGAGCCGCCGGAAUUGCGCCUAUGACGACCACCGUACGCACCAACCAUUCGGCAGAUCGUGGCCAACAGUCAGCACGACACGUCCACUCUGUUGAAGCAGCGGGUCUCCGGCGGCUCAGCGGCCCCGACCGGCAGUAUUAUCGGCCCCGGCGGGUUAGUGAUGGAUAAUUCUGGCUUAUAAAGCACUCCUCUCUUAAUCCCAAAACCCAAACUGAACCGAACGUAAAAUGGACACUGGGUCCUACUUCAGACCGAGCAGUAGAACAAAUCGCUCAAGACUCGUACGAUUUGGCGCAAGUCAAGCAGCGUCUAGUGCAUCAAAAAUCAUCAAUGAUACGAAAGUUAAGUCGUAAUUGUAAUAAAAAUUGUAAAUAGUUUAGUAUUUGUUAUGAAAUGUAAAAUUUAAACACUAGGUAAUCAAAUUAUUAUAAUAAAUGUAACAGAAUUGGAAAUGAUUUUGCCGCCAUUAGGCAAAUUCAUGAAAUGAACUGAAAUUAAAGAAAGAAAUAAACACUGCUCUCUGUUAUUUGUUCAUUGAACUAAUGAUAAUGAUACAAACCAGUAAACAAAAAUCUAUACAAGACAACACAGACACAUAAGCAUUGUAAAGUCGAAACAAUAGUUUUACCUUUAAAACAAUCGUAAGAAGUAAGAAACUACCCAAUUACCAUGCAUUUCAAAAAAUCAAAUACCGGAACGAAAAUCAAUUGACCGAGAUCAAAAGGGGAAAAAUUAGUUUGCCUUUUGUUGGAAGAAUUCAACACUUUUUCAACUUUCCUUGAAUCAACAAAAGAGAACCAUCUCUCUCUCCCAAACCACAAACAUAUUGUAAAUGAACGAACAAUUUACAAUGAUUCCUAUAAGUAUCUACCAUACUAAAUACAUCCAAAUUAAAAUUAAAAUGUGAAUAUUGGGGACACAAUGCAAUUGAAAGAGAGAGAAAGAGAAUGAAAGGUAGAAAGAACGUGAUGGUGUCAUAAUUGGAACGAAAUAAUUGAAGUUAAAAAAUAUCAAAAACAAAACUGAUGUGUUAAAACGUAAGCAGUAAGAUAAAUCCUUGAAGGAGAUUAAAAAAAACGUUUUUGUUUUACCUGCGUUUGGGUUUUGUACAGUGAUUAAGACAUCGUUAUGUUGACAAAUGUUUUUUGAAAUAAAUCUAAUUCUAGACAACUUUUAAA